CAACUUUCCCUUUCGUGCAUUUACGACCAGCGAUGCGAGCCUGACUUGUUCUUUCGUUUUUGUUGCCCUUAGUUGGUUUCCAGCAUAGCUAUGGUGUUGUCCAGGUUCGAAUCGCUCUCUGUUCGCCCGCCCACUCCACCGAAAGACGCCGGAGACAGCGAUAAGGACUUCGACGUCGACGAGACGGUCCAAUUUCUUGAAGAUCCCUUCGGCGAGAAGCCGCCCCAGCCAAAAGCCAUCGCCAAAGUCACUGCGAAGAAACUGCUUAAUACACCAGACCAGUCGCCGUCCUCUGACAUCGACAUACCCUCGAGCUCGGCACGGAAGAAGAGAGUCAACUUCGAAGUCCAGACAUGCGACUCACCGCAGAAGAAAGCCGUUAUCAAGUCGUGGACACCUACGCGUAGCUCGCCCCUCCGGCCUCUACCACAGACACGCGUGUCUCUGCCGCUCAAGUCGAUCCUCAAACCCACAGACGCUACAGCCACGCCCCCGCCGACCGAUGAAAGCGCUGCCGCACACCAGUUCAAGUCUUUCGCCGAGAUGUUGGAAUCGAUAGUAAAGCAGUUGGCUCAAGGAGAGCGGCCCACAAGAAUAGAUGCGUACCACGCACUGCAGCGCACUAUGCAGGCCUACGACAAGAUACCAGAUGAGCAGGCGUUGAAGAACAAGAUGUCUUUACUGACACAAUUCAUCCGGAGAGACACACAAGCUAUCAGUCUCUCCGGCACUGGCCUCGACUCCCAACUCAUUGGGCAGGCGUUGAAGCUGCUUCUGGCCCUCUUUCGGAUACAAGACGUCGCAACUGUCAUGGACGACGAGUUCUGCUCAUACAUGGUUGACCGUACUAUCCAAGUCACCACAGACGCCUCGAUUGCGAAGAGCGUAGUCAACACACAUCUCGCUUUGCUGAUGCAGCAAAACUUCAAGCCGCGCGUAAUGACUACGAUGCGGGUCGAGAAGAUCAUGGACGGGCUGGACACCAUACAAGAUCGCGUAAAGGGGUUUUCGGUCCAAGCAUAUCGCCUGCGGAUAUACAGGAAGCUCAUCCAACAACGUCCCGACCUUAUGACACGGCAUGCAGAACGGUGGUUCAAGCACACCUUCAAGGCACUGGUCUCUGGCCACAAGGAUAUCUACCAGAGCGCUCUCGACACCGCCAUUGCCGCUUCGAAAAUCGUCGGGCAUGAUCGUUCUGCCGCAAAAUCAGUACUCGCUGUACUGAACAAGAUCAGGAGCGAUGGCGAGACAACUCUAGCGAAGGCCAUGGCACUGGAAUUACAGAAGAUGCUCGACGGAGACAACGCGUCUCUCGUCCCUCAAAUCUGGUCGGCAGUCACUGGACUUCUACGCGAUCACUUUGACAUAAGGUUUUUCACUGACCUGGAAGAGUGGCUGAAAGUGUACGAGAAGUCACUCAAGUCUGACAACGAUCAAGUCAAGAUCUACGGGAACGUGGCGUAUGGCUUUCUGGUAUAUGCCGUGAACCCAUCUCACGAUAUCGCCAAGGGCUGGUCAAGAUUCCUGUUGAAUGUACCUCUGCAACAACUACAGCGAAGAGGAUCGAUGAAGAAGUCUGAGCGAGACGUCAUCUUCGGCGGGUACAAUACACUACUCUAUCACGCCUUCCGCCCCACUGCCAGCCAUGAGCAACUUGAUCGAUUUUGGAACGAGUUUGUGGUAGGCUUCUGGACACCUCUGUUACAUCAGUCAUCGCCCAUACAAGCGGCUCACGCAUGCCGCGUAGUCUCUGCUCUGAUCAACGGAUCUCGUAACCCAUGGAAUCCACAGAGAGCUCUAGACUUAAGGUAUCAGGUCAUGACACAACUCACCGAACUUCCUUGUGUGGAGCCACGAUGGGUUCGCAAGUCACUUUCAUCGAUCUUGAGGUUUGUGGAAACUCUGCUCGACACAACAACCUGGUCCAGCAACUCGCAACAAGAAGAUGAUCCCGUGAAGACUAUGUGGUCUGCCGUGCUGAAGUCCUUGGUUGAAGCAAGCAGCAAGGAGGUCAUGGCGUCCAGCGAGACCAAAGAUGCUCUGGCACACAUUGUCAACCUUCUUCGUCGUGUGUGGGAUCGACAUACUGCUCAGUUAGCUCUGCCUCAACACAAAGAGGAUAGCUGGGCAGAUAAGUUCUGCUUCUUAAUCGAGAGUGUGGUGCAAAAGCUUGGUGCGCACCAGUUCGCGGACAAGUGCCUCACUCGAAACAGUCAAGAUGAGUUUGAGGUGGCAUCCACACCUUCCUUCCGCUCCCGGCUGAACGGGACAAGAAUCUCGCCGCUGCUGUACUUCGUUGAUCUUCUUGUCAAUCAAUCGGAGGGCAAGCUUUCGGACGCUGUUCGAUUGCGCGCACUGAAGCUGAUCAUCGAUCCUGCUUUUAAUAUCCAAAACACUCGUCUCAGCAAGCUUGAACUUCUUCGAGAUUGCGCUGUGGCGAUUGAAAAGUCUGCUGGAGCGUCCGUGCAAGCAUCCGUGGUUCUGAACUUCUGGUCACGGAUUGCCGCACUGCUCAAGAUUUCCAUCGAACAGCAAGUGCCUGAUUCCAACGAACGGGUCUCGCGCCACCUCGGUAAGGAGUAUGACAUUGUAGUUGAGCUCCUUGCCUUGGGUUCGGACUGUCUGCUUUCAACGGCAGAGGGGCUGGACGUACUUUCAGUCUUCAUUGCAACGGCUCGAAAAGAGGCUGGAGAUGGCGCGCUGGUCCUCGCAGUCAUUGAGAAGAUCUCCGAACGCGUGUUAGCCUGUGCUUCCGACAAAGUCGAGGCUCUAGCCUUCACCACUAUGCUUCUGCAAACCCUCCCCAGCAAAACCAUCGGUCGGCGUGUACUUGACCAGGGCAGGCAGGCCUUGUGGCCUUCCUCUCCUGUAGCAGGACGCAAUCACGACUUCGACCCGUUUAAUCACUUGUAUGCUGCUGUCACUUCCGUGGGCACCGCCACGUACGACCAGCUUGGCUUCGCCGACAUCGAGUCGACCAAGGAAUUUCUCGCGGCGCUGGCCUCGUCAAUCAAGAACUGUUCAACCUCGUUGCUUGCGGUCUACUUGCGCAAGAUCCAGGAGGUUAUCCGCAUAUGGGUGGAGGACUCACAGAGGAAGCUCCAAAAUACGGAACCCAAUUCCAAAGCCGUACAUCGUGAGGUUAUGAACUUAUGGCAAGAAGCAAGCGAGGCCAUUGAGAGGCUUCCACGCAAGGAUGGCCAGGUUCUUUUGCACCUAGAACCGCUGAUCACAGCCGGCUUCGUCAGUCGACGCCGAGCUAUUGUCAACGUUUCGAUUGCGACAUGGAACAAGACCUUUGGCAAAGAAGACAGCCUCAGGUAUCCUCCGCGACUUGAAACCAUCCUCCGUCGCUUGCGCAGUUCUGUUGAUCUCGUCCUGCCAUCACUGGAUAUCAAAGACGAUGAGGAUGAUGCUGAGCUGUCUUUCUACGACUCCGAUGAUAGUCGCAAGGAACCUCGGCGAAGUGCCAGAAGCUCUCGUAUCAAGGAGUCGCCCUUCAAGAUUAUCAAACUGUCGCGCAACUCAAAUCCCCAGUCUCCGGCAGUCUCAUCACCAGCCAGCAGAAGGACCUCUACCCGUCGAACACCUAAAGUACGCUUACGACACGAUAACUCCCAGAUCCAGUUUGAGGCUAUUGUGUCGUCACCUUCCAACCCGUUCGUCCAGGAAUCCCAGAUCCUGACCGAGAGACAGAAGGAGAUGGUCGAACGACAAAGACUCUCCGGCGGGUUGUUCGCAACCAUGGGCGCGCCCUCUCCCAGCCGAGAUGCACCGCCAUCUCCCAUGGAGAUCCUUUCUGAUGCGCAGAGUGUCGACGAUCUGCCUACCCGUAUCACACGUGUUACGCCGCGCAAAGCACUAGCAAAGAUGGGCCCUAUGGAUGCUUUCUUGGGCUCGUCACCUACACCUCACGCACGACGCAGCUCGCAGAAGAUUGUUAGCGAUGAUACGGACAUUGCCACCCCUACUGCAGUGCGCACGGUGCGUGUUGCAAAAGACGACGAAUUAGGAUCGUCGCCGCCUCGAUUCGACAAAGACGAUACUACAAGGUCAAGACAAACACCGAGUGCAGUCGCCGAAAGCUUUGACGAUCGUCAGCCAGACCUCCUUUACUCCGCAUCGUUCGAUGAUGGCAGUACAAUGGAUGAAGAGGCACUGGCAGCUGCGGUGACCUUGGCAGAAGAGGCUGAGGAAAGUGGGCAACUUCAAGGCUACCACGAGCGCAACGACGAAAUCAUGUCUGACCUGCCGAGCUCUACGAUCGAUCUAGAGCUCACAGCGCAGAUUGACGCGGACAUGCAGACUGCGGAGGCAGUCGCGGAAGCUGACGAGACCGUGCCAAAGUCCAACAACGUGUCCGUAGAUGCUGCAUCUCAUCCGACCUCACAAGAUGUCCCUGCAACGCAGGACGGUAGCGACACAGAAGUUGAACCUACACCAAUGUCCGUCCGUACGCGCAAGAACAAGAAAGGCGACACAAGCAUCACAAGCCGUGUCGGGGAUUCUUUUGACUCCACCCCUGGGAAUAGCACUCUAGGCUCCCAAGGUAUCCGUCGGUCGACCCGUCACAGCAUGGACAGCCCCAUUCACAUCGAGCUCGGACGUAUGAAAAGGCAAAAGAAGCCAAGGAGAAUGAAGCACGAAUCUGCCCAAGAAGAGGAGCCAUCCUCGCCACAACCAUCGCAGCAAGACCAAGUUGAGAAUGAUGGCGAGGCUCUGGCUGCAGCUUCACCCACCGCGAGGACCAGAAGUGCCAAGAAGAGGAAGUCCAUGAACGAUUCCCCAAUAUCCUUGGAGAACAUGACCGGCAGUCCAGGAGCAGGCCGUAAACGCAGCAUCCGUCGCUCACAGUCGAACCUCAGCCAAGUCGAGAGUGCGGCCGACAUCAUUGAAGCAACACUUGCGCCUUCCAAGCGCGCGAGGCAGAGUCUGAACAUGGACGUCAGCGAGGCAAAGUCCACACCACCACCUCUGCCCAAGGAACCGCAUUCCUCGCAAAGCAAACGCAUCAGCCAUGUUCAAGUCACACCUCGGCACAUCGAAGCCACCGGGUCUGCUCUGACGGAGCAGAUCGCAGCCUCGAUAGCGACAGUAGCCGACACCGCUCCUGCAGCCAAACAACCCUCGUUGGUGCAGAGCCAGAUCCAAUUUCAAGAGCAGCCUCCAACGGGCAGCGCGACACCAAGCCGAUCAUUCGCUGAGCGUGUCAUUCUUACUCCGCGGAGUAUCAUUAACAAGCUCAAGGAGAUCAAGAACUACUUCCUUGCUGCUCCUGAUCUUGCUGUGACGAGGGCAGAGGAAAGAGAGGUGGAUGACGUGAUGUUUGCUAUAAGGAAGAGGAUUUUUGCUGCGGGACCGGAAUAUCAAGAGGAGGAGGACUCGUGAUGGCAUGGAAUUGGCUUGGAUAUGAAGGGCGGCUUUCGGAAAUGCACGGUGUGGUUUAGGAUAAUGAUUCAGAGUAAUAGAUACCCACGAAUGCUAAUGAUAUCCAC